UCGGGCAAAUGUAGACAAUGCUACCCACUGUUGACACGUCCCCAUCUUUUUUUAUUGUUUUUUUUUCCUUUUUAGGUCUGUUGUUGCCACUUACUCUAUCUUGAGAUCAAUCUCUUUCCUUUUUCCUUUGUUUUUCCUUUCUCUCUCUCUUCUUUUCUCUCCAUUUGUCUAUACAACCAGACAGCCGUUUUUCUUCAAUUUUUUCACCAUUAACUUAUCUCACUCCAACGCAAUCUUGUUAAGGUUUUCUUGCAUCGUCCGUUACCAAGAAAAAGACCAUCUUUCAAGCACUUCGAAGCAAUUUUUUUCUGUUUUUAUUUCUCUUUUCAGGACUUGUUUCGGUUUUGUUUUCUUGAAGAAACAAAGGAAAAAAAACUAUGGGUUUUGGAUAUCAAACCCUGGAAAGUAUCUGAAAAACAUCGGUUUUACUUGGUUUGUUCUCGUUUUAAAGAUCAAAGCAAGAAAAAGCUGAAAAAAAAAAAAACAAAGAAAACAUGUUGGAUCUUAACCUUGAUAUUGUCUCAAGUGAGUCAUCUUGUGAUGAGAACAACAAGAUGUUUGACAAGUUACUACCAGAAGCUGUAACAACAUUGACUCAAAUGGAAGAUUCAGGUUCGACAAACUCUUCCAUCAUCAACGCCGAGGAUGUUCCAUCCAAUGCUGGGGACGAAAACUCUUCAAACAACGGUUCUGCAUUCAUUUUUGAUAUCUUGAAGAAAGAAACAGAUGAUACCUCCAUGACCAUCAAUGCAAAAAGGGUUGAAAACCCUUCACCGGACUUCGUUACUCGACAGCUUUUUCAGUUCACCGGAGAAAAAGACUGUCUGGAGUUGGAGUUUGGAUCAAGCGCUUUGGGAACAAAGUCUUUGGCUAGGCCUCGGUGGUUGAAUUUAUCUUAUGCCGAGUCUAGUGGUGUGGCAGAGUUGAAAACUGUUCAGCUAAAGCCUCAAUCAAGGAAGAGUAGGCGGGGCCCACGGUCCCGGAGUUCACAGUAUCGAGGUGUCACGUUUUACAGGAGAACAGGCCGAUGGGAAUCACAUAUAUGGGAUUGUGGGAAGCAAGUAUAUUUAGGUGGAUUUGACACUGCCCAUGCUGCAGCCAGGGCAUAUGAUCGAGCUGCAAUCAAGUUCCGGGGAGUUGAUGCUGAUAUCAACUUCAAUUUGAGUGAUUAUGAAGAAGACAUGAAACAGAUGAAGCACAUGUCUAAAGAAGAAUUUGUGCACAUUCUUCGUCGUCAAAGCACCGGAUUCUCAAGGGGAAGCUCAAAGUACAGAGGGGUAACCUUGCAUAAAUGUGGUCGAUGGGAAGCUCGAAUGGGACAACUCCUUGGAAAGAAGUAUAUUUAUCUUGGAUUAUUCGACAGCGAAGUAGAAGCUGCAAGGGCUUAUGACAUGGCUGCAAUGAAAUGCAAUGGAAGGGAAGCUGUAACUAACUUUGAGCCAAGUACAUAUAAAGGGGAGAUCACAUAUAGUGGAGGCAAUUGUCAUAAUCUUGAUUUGAGCCUUGGAAUUUCAACGCCUUCAGUCGUCCAAAACAGGAGCAACAAAGGAGGAGAUCUCCAUUUUCGACUUGCUGCAAGUGCCGGAGAGAGACCAAUGUUUGAAAGCUCUGCCACUACAUCUGUCGGUGUACAACCUCAACAUUACCAAACAAUAGCAUCUAAGCAACCUCCCAUUUCAUCUGGUGUUUAUCCUUUUCUUUUUCCAAACAAUGAGGAAAGGGCCAUGGAGAAGAGGGCUGAAGCUGUUUCUUCAACAAGAUUUUCAAAUUGGGCAUGGCAAAUGCAAGGCAAUGGCAAAAUUGCCCCGGUACCAGUGUUUCCUAUCGCAGCAUCAUCAGGAUUCUCUUCAUCCAGUGCCACUGCUUCAUCAAAUACUUUCCUUUUGAACAAUUCUGUCCAAAGUGUCUGCUUUCUGACACCACCCACAGCCACCAACAGCCAUUCUCCUUACAAUAGUUACAGAAGCUGAAAUCAGCAAGACAUCGAACCGCCACAAACUCUUCAUUAUGCUCAUUAUUGGAGAAGUUAGGUGAGCAAAAAAAAAGCUGUAACGAUUGGAUUAAUCUUUAGAGUUUGCAUUUGUUACAAGUGUGUAAUAGAAUAUCAAGCAUUUGUUAAUGCUGCAGUACUCAAGAACCUGCUUUCAUAAUAUUUUGUGUUAGUCUAAUCUUCUGCAGGAA